UGGUAUAGAAGUAACCAUGGUGGCCCCGUUUGGGAGAGUGCCCUUAUAACACGGCAACAUCCGCACGUGAAUCACCGGGCACGAAGCCACACCCACUCUUCUGGUUCUAUGGCCACUGUGCGGGAAUGGUCCUGCACCCGCUGUACUUUCCUGAACCCCGUGGGACAGCGCCAAUGCUCCAUCUGCGAGGCCCCCCGCCAGAAGCCCGACCUCAAUCAAAUCUUGCGCCUGAGCGUGGAAGAGCAGAAGUGGGCCUGCGCACGAUGCACCUUCCGGAAUUUUGUGGGCAAAGAGGCCUGCGAGGUGUGCGGCUUCACUCCAGAACCCGGGCCAGGAGGCUCCCCUCUGCCAAUCCUCAACGGGGUCCUGCCGAAAUCCACCGUCCUAGUGGAACCCAAAGCCGGUGGCAAGGAGGAGGUGCCCCAGAUAGAGAGCCCCGUUGAGGACUUGGAGGGGAAGAGCCCCCAAGAGGCAGAGCUGGAGGAGGGCUGGGCCUGCCAACGUUGCACCCUCCACAACACUCCCGUCGCGAAUUCCUGCUCGGCCUGCGGAGGCCCCCGCAAGCUCUCCCUGCCCAAGAUCCCUCCAGAGGCCCUGGUGGUCCCGGAAAUCAUCACGCCCGCCGGUUUCCAGAUCGCUUCCGCCACCGAGACCCCUGAGGGCCACCCGGCCGCCAAUCAAGGCCCUGCCCUUGUGGAGGAAGAGAGCCAGAAGAUGGCAGCCUUCAGCCUUUUCUCCCCAGGUCUCCAGAACAACCCUGUUCCUCGUAGCCGCCGAGAGGUGCCCCCGCAACUCCAGCCGCCGGCUGUGGAAGCUUCCCAACCGGCUUCUCCGCCAACCCCUGUGCAGAAGGCCAUUCGCUUCCAGGAGAUGAUGGCAACCAAGCGGCUGAGCAUGCUGGAGGAAGAAAUGGACGUCAGCGUGACCCCCUGGCAAUGCAGCACCUGCUCGCUGGUCAACACCUCGGGGAGUGAGGCCUGCGAGGCCUGCAGCACCCAGAAGGGCAGCGACACCAUUGACGUGACGGGGGACUCCGUUCGUUUUACACCCUGCGGGCCCUCCAGCCCCGACUUCACCACCUGGUCCUGUUCCAAGUGCACCUUGAAGAACCCCACCGCUUCCCAGAAGUGCAAAGCCUGCGGCUCCUCCAAACUGCACGGCUUCCAGGAACACAGCUUGCAGCCGGACCCGGCUCCCAAGUGCCCCGAAUGUGGCUCUGACAAAGGCAGGUGUGCGGCUUGUGGCACCCGAGUUCCUUCCGCCCGCAAAGUUGCCCGUCUCUUCCCCAUGCAGACCCCCGUCACCCCUGACCGAGCCAGCCAGUGGGCGUGCCCCGCUUGCACCCUCCUCAACGAGCUGAAGGCCAAGCACUGCCUCGCCUGCCACACUCCUCAAGUCUACAUGGCCCAGCGCAAGAGCAUCAAGCCGUUACGGCGGCACGAGAGCAUGCACGUGGAGAAGCGACGGCAGACAGAUGAAGGGGAGGCCAAAGCCCUCUGGGAGAACAUCGUCUCCUUCUGUCAAGAGAACAAGGUCAACUUUGUGGAUGACAGCUUUCCUCCCGGUCCCAAGUCGGUUGGCUUUCCCGAAGGAGACAGCGUCCAGCAGCGAGUCAAGCAGUGGCUGAGGCCUCACGAAAUCAACUGCAACAUCUUCAAAGACCGGUCGGUCAAGUGGUCAGUUUUCCGGACACCCCGACCUUCGGAUAUCCUGCAGGGACUCCUUGGAAACUGUUGGUUCCUGAGUGCGCUGGCAGUGCUGGCAGAGCGUCCCGAAUUGGUAGAAAGGGUCAUGAUCACACGGACCAUGUGCCCCGAGGGGGCCUACCAAGUCCGGCUAUGCAAAGAUGGCACCUGGACCACCGUGCUGGUAGAUGACAUGCUGCCCUGCGAUGAGUGUGGCUAUCUCCUCUUCUCCCAAGCUCAGAGGAAACAGCUAUGGGUGGCUCUGAUUGAGAAGGCCUUGGCCAAACUCCACGGUUCAUACUUCGCCCUCCAAGCAGGGCGCGCCAUCGAAGGCCUGGCUACACUCACCGGCGCUCCCUGCGAGAGCCUGAUGCUGCAGGUCAGCUCCACUAACCCUCGCGAGGAGGCCAUUGACACUGACCUCAUCUGGGCCAAAAUGCUGAGUUCUAAGGAGGCUGGCUUCCUCAUGGGAGCAUCAUGUGGAGGAGGCAACAUGAAAGUAGAUGAUGCAGCCUAUGAAAGCAUGGGUCUUCGCCCACGGCAUGCCUACUCCAUAUUGGAUGUACGGGAUGUGCAAGGAUACAGACUGCUGCGACUUCGUAAUCCCUGGGGCCGUUUCUCUUGGAAUGGCAGCUGGUCCGACGAAUGGCCCCACUGGCCCUCCCAUUUGCGUCAUGAGCUGAUGCCCCACGGGAGCAGCGAGGGGGUCUUCUGGAUGGAAUACAGCGACUUCAUCAGGUAUUUCGACUCCGUGGACAUCUGCAAGCUCCAUUCAGACUGGCACGAAGUGCGGGUGCAGGCGGUUUUUCCCAACAAAGCCAGUGGGCCCAUCACGGUCACGUCACUGACUGUGCUGGAGCGAGCAACUUUGGAGUUUGCCCUUUUCCAGGAAGGCAGCAGACGCUCGGACACUGUGGACAGCCACCUCCUUGACCUCUGCAUCAUGGUGUUCCGGGCCACCUUCAUCAAUGGGAGCAAGCUCAGCCUAGGGCGCCUGAUGGCCCACAGCAAGCGAGCAGUCAAGAAAUUUGUCAACUGCGACAUCAUGCUGGAGCCGGGCGAGUACGCCGUGGUGUGCUGUGCCUUCAACCACUGGACUGCCCCAGUGCUGGGGACUUCAGGCCCAGGCUCCAGCCCUACGUCGAGCAGCGAAUGCCCACCCGCCGAGAUCUCCAGCUACAUCUUGGCCAUCUACGGUUCCCGCCUCGUGAUGGUAGAACAAAUUGAGGCCCAAUCGACCACGUUGGCCGAUGCCAUCAUUCUCCUCACGGAGAACAAGGGCGAGCGGCAUGAGGGGCGUGAAGGGAUGACCUGCUACUACCUGACCCACGGCUGGGCCGGUCUCAUCGUCGUGGUGGAGAACCGGCACCCCAAGUCCUAUCUCCACGUCCAGUGUGAUUGCACAGAUAGCUUCAAUGUUGUGUCCACUCGGGGCAGCUUGAAGACACAGGACAGUGUGCCACCUCUGCACAGGCAGGUCCUGGUGAUUUUAUCCCAACUGGAAGGAAACGCCGGAUUCUCCAUCACGCACCGCCUGGCCCACCGCAAGGCCACCCAGGCGUUCCUGAACGACUGGAUGUCCACCAAGGGGACGCACAACCCCCUGCUCACCCCCGAGGUGGCGGGACUUCACGGGCCCCGGCCGCUAUGACAAAGGGCCCCCCCCUGCCCCCCUCUUCUGCUUCUGCCUUCUUCUAGCCCCGCCUGUCUCGCGCAUUGCCCCAGCCAUCCGUGCAGAGCCCGUCAGGAUUAAGGAGGACCGAGGAGUCGCGGGUUUCAAACGAAGCCCCUCGUCUCCCGUUCUCUAGGGUUAGGCCGGGAGCUGCUCAGGUUCCCCUCCCCCUUCUCUCCUUCCCCCGCCCUCCCUUUUCCCCACAGAAGAUGCACUUUAUCCAAAGCUGCGGUCAGGAUAGGAGAGCAAGGAAAAAAAAAAAUUUAGAGCUGUGGGGAAGGAUAUGCCCCUCGCAGGCUUCCAGCCCUACCGAACGGCCUGAGCGCUGCCAGCGGCACGGCCCACGGGGACGCGGUCCUUCCCUCAGCCACCAGAUAUCCUACGGCUGCAACAAUAUAUCUCUGGCGAAUGUGUCUGUCUGUCUGUCUGCCUUCCCUCGCGGUUCCUGGUGUCAGCAGCUGAGGGCGGGGGGCAUUAGAGAGGGUCCUCGGCUCCCCUGAAGGUGAAGGAGGUAGCUUUCAUCUCCCUUCUGGCACCGGCUAUCCAGGCCCAGGAGAUUUACGGCAGGGGUGUCCAACCUCGGCAACUUUUGAGUCCUGUGGACUUCGACUCCCAGAAUUCCCCAGCCAACCUUACCAGACCUGUGGACUUCAGCUCCAUUCAAGGAAGCCAUGCUGGCUGGGGAAUUCUGGGAGUCGAAGUCCACCGGUCUUAAAGUAGCCAAGGUCAGACACCCCUGGUUUCCAGAGAGAGAGAGGGAGCCUGCAAAUCCACCAGGGUAGACCUAGGCCUGCAGUCGCCUAAGGUGAGCGGCGUUUCACACUAGCGCCCCCCCCCCGCCCAAAGCAGGUUGCACAGGAUGCAGCACCCACCUCCCAAUGCAACACGUGCAAGAGGCAGCUGUGGUGCAGAGUGGGGUGCUUUUCCUGGAGGGACUCAUUGCUGCAACCCAGCGGAAGCCCUCCUGAAGACACGGAGCUGGGGGGUGUCUUUGGUUUGGCACCUGCCCCCUGGUUCCCUCCUUCUGACCACCCACUCCUACCUGGGGCUGGGCGAGGAACAAAGGCCCACGCCUCCGUUUCGGUGGACGGCCAGCUAAUGCUUUAUCCGCCUGGGAAGGGCAAAAGGUCUUAAUUUGUCUUUGUGUUGUCGUAUCCUUAUCGGUGUCCUCUAGGGCAGGGGCCCCCAAGCUUGGCCACUUUAAGACUCGUGGACUUCAACUCCCAGAGUUCCUCAGCCAGCAAAGCUUCCUUGAAUUGAGCUGAAGCCCACAGGUCUAAAAGGUUGACUGGGGAAUUCUGGGAGUCGAGGUCUAUAGUCGAAGUUAAAGUGGCCAAGAUUUGAACACCCCUGCCAUAAAUCUCCUGGGCCUGGACGAUUGAGCUGAAGUCCACAGGUCUACAGGUUGGCUGGGGAAUUCUGGGAGUUGAAGUCCAUGAAUCUUAAAAGUUGCCAAGCUUGAAGACCGCUGCCCUAGAGAGGUGAAACCCGUGCGCGUUUGUUGGAUUGCAAGGUCCUUGCGUUGCAGCUGGGGGCCGAAGCAGAGGAAGUGAAUGCACGGGACCUCGGCCCUUAGAAAGAGUUGGGAGUCCCAUUUCCUUGUGGAGGUUCUCUAGCUGUUCAAAGAGGGAGGGGAGCACACGCCCCCAUUUCUGCUUUUUGGGCCCUUCCCCCUCCCCCCUCCCAAGAAAGAUAAGCCAGAAAUCAGGCAUGAGAGGAGAGGGAAACAGACUAGUGGAGUCCCUCUGCCUUCCAUGCUGCAGGGUUUAGCUCUACCUGGAAAGUUGACAGGUGGACUCACCCGAAGACGUGGAGUGAGUUUAGCACUUUUAGCCUUCUGCCGUUGGGUGCUCAGCCUCCCAUAGAGGCCUUGAGAAGCCACCAGUAGAAGAUUCUUCCAUCUUCCCAUGAAGGCCAGAUGAAUUCCUGCCGGGAGAUGGUGGGCCUCUAAUGGUCAGAAGGCGGGCAGAUGGUCAGAAGGAGGACAAAGCUGAGCCUCACGAAGAUCUGUGGAGUUCAGACUCGGGGACAGGGUAUAUCCGGGGCAGGGUUGGUUUCUAGUGAAACAGGAUGGGUUCAACCCAGGGAAGCAGGGAUAGAGUUCUUCUCGCCAGCCCUCUUGAUCUUGAGAGAAGGUUGGAGGAAGUGUGGACUCAAGAAUGCUGAGGCGUCAGCAGGAGCAGAUGUUCCUCUCCAGGAGCAGAUGUUCCUCUUCACAACCUGAACUCCAUGG